AUGGCUGAAGAAUAUGAACAUGUUUAUAAAAUUAUAUUAUUAGGUGAUGCUACUGUAGGUAAAUCACAUUUAUUAUGUCGAUAUAUAAAGGGUAAUUUACCAAUCCAAUCAAAAGCUACAAUUGGUGUAGAAUUUGCUACAAAAACUGUACCAUUAGCAUCUGGUGGUAGUAUAAAAGCACAAAUAUGGGAUACAGCAGGACAAGAACGAUAUCGUAGUAUAACAAGUGCACAUUAUAGAAGAGCUGUAGGAGCAUUAUUAGUAUAUGAUGUAACUAAUCGAAUUUCUUUUUAUAAUUGUAAAAAAUGGUUAAAUGAAUUAAGAGCUUCAUCAUAUGAUGAUAUUGUAAUACUACUCAUCGCCAAUAAAAUUGAUUUAAUCAACAAAUACAACUCUAAUGAGAAGGAAAAUGUGAAGGAAAAUGUGGGUUCACAGGAAAAUAAAGAUACUGUACAGGAAAUUAAUGAUGUUGAUGUAGUAUUAAUGAUAGAAGGUAUGGAAUUUGCUAAUGAGAAUAAUUUAUAUUUUUUUGAAGCAUCGGCUGUUACAGGUUAUAAUGUAAAGGAAAUUUUCGAAUUUCUUAUACAACAAAUUUAUAAUUUAAAAUCACGUUUACCUUCAAUACGUGAUUCCAAUACUUUAAAUACUCUUACCAAUAAUGAUUUUACCAAUAAAAAUUUUAAUACUAAUCUCAGUAGUAAGAAUUUCACGGGUACUGAGAAUUUCACUGGUACAAAGAAUUUAGAAAAGAAUUCAAGACAAUUUGGUUGUUUAGAACAAAAUUGUUUAACUAAUAAUUGUAUUAUACAAUAA